AAAUAAUUUUUUAUUUAUAGCAAGGGUGUGUUCAUAUAAUUUGCAUAACCGCAUAAUGCUUAUAUGUAUGAAAGUCGAUUAAUCAUCAUGUCGAUAUAUAUGUCUCGUAUAAAUUUAUUACAUAAUAGAUACGUGACUGACCGAUUUCAUUAUGUAUCUACGUUAUAGAAUUAUGCAAAUUUGUUAUGAUAUAUAUUAAUAAUGCAAUAUACUUAGUAAAAAUUUAGCAGUGAUCACGUGAUCAUAUGAACAUGACGUGAUCAGAGAUCUAAAUGGUAGCCAUUACGUGUUCAUCACUUUUCGGGAUUACGUUGGAAGAGUUGGACGACACAAAAGCGUCGUUUUACGGUUUCGUCCGUAUGAAGUUAAUUCGGACAUAAAUACAUAUAAAGAAAGUCGAAUCCAUAGACGGACGAUUGUCGUGGAGUGUUAAUUAAUGCGUACGAUUGUGAUUAUGUUUUUUAGAUCGUUUUAUUUCUUAUCGAAUUAUCGAGCAUCGAUGCAAGUUACGCCCUCUGUCCGUAUUUUUAAGAAUUUUUGUGGAGAGUGUUGGCAGUUUUAAAAUGUUGUCGAAUCAUCAUGGAGUAUUAAUUAGUACGUAUAAUCGUGAUUCUCAAUCUUUCAACAAUCAUAAAAACUAAUAGCGAUUAUUGCGUUGUAUUAAAUAUUACUGAUCAUUGAGCAUUAUUGCGCACGGAAUCUUUCGAAUUACCGAAUUCGCCGAAUUUAUCUUCCAAGUUUCUUAAAGCAUCGGAAUUGUUGUGAACAAGGUUAAGAGCGAUCAUCGUGUUUUACGUUAUUCGUUAAUUUAUUGUACAUGUAUUGUACGUGUAAUUGCAUCACUGUUUAAUGUAAUGAUAAAGACAAGUGAUGGUAAUUAACUCUUUUGAUGAUACUCGGGUUCGAUAUUCUUCGAGUUGCGUCGCGACCGAAUUUUCAAUGAACAAAAUUGUUUCGCGCUUGUAAUGAUCGAGAUUGUUUCGAAAUCCGUCAUAAUAUCGCGUCGGAAGUGCAUCGUGUUUGUAAAACUUGGUAAUGGUAUAUGAAUUGACCGAUCGCAGUGAUAUUGCAAAUGAUAAUUAGUGCUAUGUAAGUGUGUUUUGUGAAGCAAUGGCAAAGCAACGAAUUGCAACAGCAGAACUAAUGGAUUCCAAUGGCGAGAUAGCUGAUCGAGUCUUACUUCGCUUGUUCCAGUUCUUGCAGAUACUUCAACUGUAUUCUACAACGGUUGUAACCAAAUCCCCAUCGGCAAAUGCAAAGCCACGUGCUCAACGACAGCAAGAGUAAAAUAACGGCGAACGGAGAAGCGUGUAUAUGUACGAUAAACAUUUGGUCAUGUCGUAUGAUCCUCUUUCAUAUCUUCAUAUCAUCUGCAGUUUUUUCAGGCAAUACAUAUUUUUGUGGAGAUCGCUAUAUCGUUCUAUCCGGUUCACCAACAAACUCGAAUUCGUUUGAUUUAUACGAGAUUUUGCUUUUUUCCAUUUCAAUCGGUUACAAUUUUUUUCUCGCCAAAACAAAUUACUUUUUAUUACGGAUAUUACAUGUCAAAUCAAUUUUGCGGCAACAAAAAAAGACAUAAUUUUACAAGCUACUUUUAACACAUCUGAUUGUCAAUAAUUUAUGUAAUUCUUUUUUUGUGUGGUUUAUACAUGAACAUUACGGUGAUAUUCAAAAAUAACUGAAAAUUUUAAAUAGAAACUGACGUAUCUGUGAGUGCUUCACUUCAGAUAAUAAGAGGAAAAUGAUGAUAUACAAUUAUCGAAAAUACAAUUAUUGGAAAUAUCUUAUUCUUCUUCCAUAUGCCAUUUCAGUGCGGACAAGCAUGGAAACUGUCAGACGUAUCUCGAACAAUAAAAGCAGAGAAAUAAAACAGCAUAUUUCUUGAAAAAAAAUUAUUUCUUUUGCUAUUUUAAAAGAGAAUUUACUGCCAAUUUAACAUUUACUUUGAAAAAUGCCUCCGAAGAAAAAGAAAGAGAUCGUACCAUUGGAAAUGGAGCAUUCUGAGCCAGAGCCGGAAAUCGCAGAGGUGGUUGAACCGGAGUCUUCGAAACCGCAAGUAUCCCUGCUCACCGGCGAGCCUUAUGGCCCUCGUGUUCGCAUUAUCAGUGAGAAAGCCGAGGAGGAAAGCUCGGACGACGAGCCGGAAUCAGAAAGUGAAGAGGAGGCCAGAUAUCAGGAGGAUCAGCCAGAAGUGCCUUCCGAAUUCUGGCACAUACAGAAACUCAUUAAGUAUAUGAAGGCCGGCAACCAGACUGCCACGAUGGUAUCCUUGUGCUUGCUGAAGGAUUACAAUCUCACUGACAAGAUUAUACAGAAGGCUAUUCAGGAAAUGGGUGGUCUCGAGGUUCUGGUGAAUCUCCUCGAAACUAACGACAUCAAGUGUCAAAACGGCUCGCUAUCGGUCUUGUUGCAAAUUGCAACCUCCAUCGAGAUGAAGCGAUAUCUAAUCGACUUGGACAUCGCGACGCCUUUAAUUCGAAUGCUGAAACAUCCUGCUAGAGAUAUUCAGGUUUUAGCAGCCGAAACAAUGGCAAUCAUAGCUCACGUUAGGAAGGCCAGAAAACAGAUUCGAAUUCGCGGUGGAAUACCACUCAUACUGGAUGUGAUGGACGUGCCGGACGAAGUUCUCCGUCGACCAUACAACGAACUGAGUGAGGCCAACAAGGAACUCAUGGCAGUUGCCAUAGGUUGUGCCAAGGUCUUGGAUUCUUUGAGCAGCAGUCCAAAAGUUACGGAAGAGCUCCGCAAGUACGGUGUCGUGCGCCUGAUGUCGCGCUUCCUCAGAUCGAAACACACUCAACUGAUCGUACCGACGAUGGGCGUUGUGCAGCAGUGCGCUGAUCUGAACGUUUUCAGGGAAGCGUUUGAGCGGGUAGGCAUCGUCGACGAGCUGGUGCGGCAUUUGAGAAACGAUAACGUGAAGUUGAAGGAGAACUGCGCCCUGGCGAUCUUCAAAUGCGCCUCGAAUCGAGAAACCCGGUCGAUGGUGCGUAGGUCUGGCGGUCUCGAUCCGCUCUGCAAACUCGUGCAGAGCGACGAGGUACGCGCCAAUAAGCGCUUAUUGGCCGCGGUGACGGGCAGCGUUUGGAAGUGCGCCAUCAGUCCGGAGAACGUAACAAGAUUCAAUCAGAACGAUCUGGUGACAUCGCUGGUGCCACUUCUCGAGGAAAACGAGGACGAACGGGUGUUAGCCAACGUCGUGGGCGCCCUCGCCGAAUGCUGUAAGGAUCCCGCUAACAGGGAAGUCUUGAGGACUAACGAGGGGCUGCCGAAACUGAUCAGACUGUUGAGCGCCACAUAUGAGCCAUUACUGGAGAACGUGCCGCUGGUGUUAAAAGAGUGCGCCGUCGACGACAAGUGCAUGGACAUCAUCAAUGAUCCGGAGCAUCGGCUGGAUGGCGUACGGCUAGUCUGGUCCCUGCUGAAGCAUCCCAGCGACGUAAUCAAACGUAACGCCUGCCUCGCGCUAGUGCCCUGCAUUAGGCAUGCCAAGGACUCACCGGAAAUGGUACGCGCCUUCGUAGGCGGUUUAGAGCUCACAGUCAGCCUCCUGGAAAGCAAGGACACGGAAGUGCUCAGCGCAGUUUGCGCUAUGAUCGCGGAGAUCGCCACCAAUUCUGAGAAUCUUGGCAUCCUGACAGAUCAUGGGGUCGUGAAGAAAUUGGCCGCUCUCGUGGAGACUGACGAUGAAAAUUUGCGCGCAAAUCUGACGUUAGCGAUAGCCUAUUGUUGCGAGUGGGAUCGGAAUAAUUACGAAUUUGGCAAAUUGAACGCCGUGGCGCCGCUUAUUAAUUACAUGACCAGCAAGAAUAAAGACGUGUUAAAGGGCGUUUGCAUUGCCGUAUAUCAUUUGAGCAAGGAGCCCUUAAAUUGUGUGACCAUGCACACUUGCGGCGUUAUUAAGCACGUCCUGCGCUUGGUGGGUUCGGACGAUUCAGAGGUGCAAAUCGCAGCUGCUUCUACUAUUCGUCACAUAAGGAAGCUUGCAUUGACAGCAGAAAAAUUCCAUUUCAAAGAAAUGAAUACAUUACAGGAAACCGAUUUCCUUCUGUGACACCAAUUAUCAGUAUAAAUGAGAAGAAUAAAGACAGAAAUAAAAAGAGAAACAGGAAGAAAGAAAUGUAUAAAAUAAAAAGAUAUUUAUUUGUGCAUAUCAAUGAUUUACAAUCUCCGUCAAUACUUCUAAAUUUACAAUUUUAAGAAAAGAAUCAUAAAAUCUGGUACAAUCAAUAAUACCGCACACAGAAUAUGAAGAACUUUAAAUGUGAUUAAAUAAAGUUUUGAACAUUCGAUUCACGAAUUUGAACGUCGAACCUUUUGUCAGAUAAUUAACUAUUAAAUUAUUCGGCAUCGAAAUAGUGGCUUAACUUGAGCAAUACACAUACUCUAAAUGUAUCCCUGUACAUGUUCUAAAAUCGAAGUAGUUCGAGAACCGCUACACUAUUGCUCAAAAGUUUCGAUCACUUUAGAAUUUUUAUAUAAAAUUGGACAAUUAUUUUAUUACAUUAAAUUUUGAUAUUUAUUUAUAAAUGUAUGUAAA